GACGCGCGCGAUGGCGCUCACGGUUUCCGCGUUCGCCGGCGCGAAGAUCAACGCGGCGCGCCAAACCAAGGCGCGCCGCGCGACGGCGGUGGUGCGCGCCGAAGGCACGGACUACGGUCUCGGCUUGCAGUGCUCGCCGACGGCGAACAAGAACAUCGACCCGAAGGGACGCGCGAAGGUGCCGCUCGAGCUCGAGGACAUGCCGCUUCCGUUGAACACGUUCAAGAACAAGGAACCGUUCACGGGUAAGGUGCGCUCCGUCGAGCGCAUCGUCGGCCCGAACGCGACUGGCGAAACGUGCCACAUCAUCAUCGAACACGGUGGUAAGAUGCCGUUCUGGGAAGGUCAAUCGUACGGUGUCAUCCCGCCGGGUACCAAGGUGAACUCCAAGGGUAAGGAAGUGCCGCACGGCGUGCGCUUGUACUCCAUCGCGUCGUCCCGUUACGGCGACUCCUACGACGGCCAAACCGCGACCUUGUGCGUUCGCCGUGCGACGUACUGGGAUCCGGAAAUGAACGCCGAAGAUCCGGCCAAGAAGGGCAUCUGCUCCAACUUCUUGUGCGACGCCAAGCCGGGUGCCGAAGUCAUGAUGACUGGCCCGACUGGUCAAGUCAUGCUCUUGCCGAAGGACCCGGCGACGCCGGUCAUCAUGGUCGCCACCGGUACCGGUAUCGCCCCGAUGCGCUCCUACAUUCGCCGAUUCUUCCUCGAAGACGUCCCGAACUGGGAAUUCAAGGGUCUCGCGUGGUUGUUCAUGGGUGUCGCUAACUCUGACGCCAAGUUGUACGACGACGAGUUCCAAGAGUGCGCCAAGCGUUUCCCGGAUCAGUUCCGCAUCGACUACGCGCUCUCCCGCGAAGACACCAACAAGAACGGUGGUAAGAUGUACAUCCAAGACAAGGUUGAAGAGUACAAGGACCAAGUGUUCCAACUCCUCGACGGCGGCGCUCACAUGUACUUCUGCGGUCUCAAGGGUAUGAUGCCGGGCAUCUUGUCCAUGUUGGAAGGCGUGUGCAAGGAGAAGGGCAUCAGCUACGAAGAAUGGCUCGAAGGCCUCAAGAAGAAGGGCCAAUGGCACGUCGAGGUGUACUAAGCGCCUUAGCCCGCGAAUCGCAGCGUUUGGUUGAUCCCUCAAUGCGGAAACGCGUUGAAGUUU